AUGGCUGUGGUCAUCCGUUUGCAAGGUCUCCCAAUUGUGGCGGGGACCAUGGACAUUCGCCACUUCUUCUCUGGAUUGACCAUCCCUGAUGGGGGCGUGCAUAUUGUAGGGGGUGAACUGGGUGAGGCUUUCAUCGUUUUUGCCACUGAUGAAGAUGCAAGGCUUGGUAUGAUGCGCACAGGUGGUACAAUUAAAGGGUCAAAAGUAACACUAUUGUUGAGUAGUAAAACGGAAAUGCAGAAUAUGAUUGAACUGAGUCGUAGGCGUUUUGAAACUGCCAACUUAGAUAUACCACCAGCAAAUGCUAGUAGAUCAGGACCGCCACCUAGCUCAGGAAUGAGUGGCAGGGUAAACUUGCCUACAACAGUACCCAACUUUAAUAAUCCCUCACCCAGUGUAGUUACUGCUGCCACUUCUGUUCAUGAAAGCAACAAAAACAUACAGACAUUUUCCACAGCCAGCAUAGGAACGGCUCCUCCAAAUAUGGGGGCUUCCUUUGGGAGCCCAACAUUUAGCUCAACCAUUCCGAGCACAGCUUCUCCAAUGAACACAGUCCCACCGCCACCAAUUCCUCCAAUCCCAGCGAUGCCAUCUUUGCCACCAUUGCCAUCCAUUCCCCCAAUACCAGUUCCUCCUCCGGUACCUACGUUGCCUCCCGUGCCUCCUGUGCCCCCAAUCCCCCCAGUCCCUUCUGUGCCACCCAUGACCCCGCUGCCACCCAUAUCAGGCAUGCCACCCUUGAACCCGCCACCUGUGGCACCUCUACCUGCUGGAAUGAAUGGCUCUGGAGCACCUGUGAAUCUGAACAAUAACCUGAACCCUGUGUUUUUGGGUCCAUUGAAUCCUGUUAACCCUAUCCAGAUGAACUCUCAAAGCAGUGUGAAACCACUUCCCAUCAACCCUGAUGAUCUGUAUGUCAGUGUGCAUGGAAUGCCCUUUUCUGCAAUGGAAAAUGAUGUCAGAGAUUUUUUCCAUGGGCUCCGUGUUGAUGCAGUGCAUUUGUUGAAAGAUCAUGUAGGUCGAAAUAAUGGGAAUGGAUUGGUUAAGUUUCUCUCCCCUCAAGAUACAUUUGAAGCUUUGAAACGAAACAGAAUGCUGAUGAUUCAACGCUAUGUGGAAGUUAGUCCUGCCACAGAGAGACAGUGGGUAGCUGCUGGAGGCCAUAUCACUUUUAAGCAAAGUAUAGGGCCUCCUGGACAAACCCAUGCCCCUCCUCAGACACUUCCCAGGUCAAAAUCGCCCAGUGGGCAGAAAAGGUCAAGGUCAAGAUCACCACAUGAGGCUGGUUUUUGUGUUUACUUGAAAGGACUACCAUUUGAAGCGGAAAACAAACAUGUCAUUGAUUUUUUUAAAAAGUUGGAUAUUGUGGAAGAUAGUAUUUAUAUCGCUUAUGGACCCAAUGGGAAAGCAACUGGUGAAGGCUUCGUAGAAUUCAGGAACGAGGCUGACUAUAAGGCUGCUCUGUGUCGUCAUAAACAAUACAUGGGCAAUCGCUUUAUUCAAGUUCAUCCAAUUACUAAAAAAGGUAUGCUAGAAAAGAUAGACAUGAUUCGAAAAAGACUGCAGAACUUCAGCUAUGACCAGAGGGAAAUGAUGUUAAAUCCGGAGGGAGAUGUCACCUCUGCCAAAGUCUGUGCCCACAUAACAAAUAUUCCCUUCAGCAUUACCAAGAUGGAUGUUCUUCAGUUCCUAGAAGGAAUUCCAGUGGAUGAAAAUGCAGUACAUGUUCUUGUUGAUAACAAUGGGCAAGGUCUAGGACAGGCAUUGGUUCAGUUUAAAAAUGAAGAUGACGCACGUAAGUCUGAACGCUUACACCGUAAAAAACUUAAUGGGAGAGAAGCUUUUGUUCAUGUAGUUACUCUAGAAGAUAUGAGAGAGAUUGAGAAAAAUCCCCCUGCCCAAGGAAAAAAAGGGUUAAAGAUGCCUGUGCCAGGUAAUCCUGCAGUUCCAGGAAUUCCCAGUGUGGGAAUGCCCAAUGCGGGAAUGCCUAGUGCGGGGAUGCCUGGUGCGGGGAUGCCUGGUGCCGGGAUGCCCGGUGCUGGAAUGCCUAGUGCAGGAGGUGAAGAGCAUGCCUUCCUCGCUGUAGGGUCUAAGGAGACCAACAAUGGGCCUCCAUUUAACUUUCCUGGUAAUUUUGGUGGAUCAAAUGCCUUUGGGCCACCACUCCCUCCUCCAGGAUUAGGAGGGGCCUUUGGUGAUGCUAGGCCUGGAAUGCCUUCAGUUGGAAAUAGUGGUUUGCCUGGUCUAGGACUGGAUGUUCCAGGUUUUGGAGGUGGACCAAAUAAUUUAAGUGGGCCAGGAUUUGGAGGGGGCCCUCAGAAUUUUGGAAAUGGCCCUGGUAGCUUAGGUGGCCCCCCUGGCUUUGGAAGCGGCCCUCCUGGCCUUGGAAAUGCCCCUGGGCAUCUAAGUGGGCCUCCAGCCUUUGGGCCUGGCCCUGGUCCUGGUCCUGGCGCAAUCCACAUUGGUGGUCCUCCUGGCUUUGGAUCUAGUUCUGGAAAACCAGGACCAACAGUAAUUAAAGUACAGAAUAUGCCCUUCACUGUGUCUAUUGAUGAGAUUUUAGAUUUCUUUUAUGGCUAUCAAGUGAUCCCAGGCUCAGUGUGUUUAAAAUACAAUGAAAAAGGUAUGCCCACAGGCGAAGCUAUGGUGGCUUUCGAAUCUCGGGAUGAAGCCACAGCUGCUGUCAUUGACUUAAAUGACAGACCUAUUGGCUCUAGAAAAGUAAAACUUGUAUUAGGGUAGCUAGCUGUUCACAUCAAUUCUUCAUAGGGUAGAUAUAGUCUUCAUAGUGCCGUGAUUAAUGCAUCCAGAUUGUUUUCCUAGUGUUUCCAGGUUAGAACCUGUGGAUUGUUUCAAUUGCAUAUAGAUUGGUUUCCAUACAUAGAGCAUUGGUUGACUGUUUACAGAAGACUCACUACCAGGAUAAACAUUGCUGUAUGUUACAGUAAAGCUGUCUGGAGAGAACACAAAAAUGAUUUUGGCAUACCGUUAGAGAAACCAUUUGUAAAAUGCAAAUGACCACAUAAAGCUUAUCAAGGAGUCUAGAUCGGUUUUGUUUUAUACCAUUUGGGAUGAAGAAAAUAGAAAUGUCAAUAGAGCUCAUUAAGGGUGCUCUUGCCAGCUGCUGAAAAAUAGAAGCUGGCUACUCUUGGAAUUUGGUUUAAAGCUGGACAGAUUUGCUUUGUUAUAGGGUCAAAGCUUUGUCUAAAGUCCUCAUUUUCUUUUAAAAUUGAAUAAAAUCUCUGUAUACAGAUUCACUGUAUGUACCUUUAUUGCUUCUUGAGGGUUCUUGCUGUAUAGACAGUCUUGCUUCUGAAGUUGCUGCUUUGUUUGCCUAAUUGACUCAUUUGUAAAUGAGCAGAACUGUUUUGUUGUUGUUUUUUAAUAUAAAACUCCAUACUUGGUUUGUGCUAUAACCUUGAACUUUAUUUCUGAUGUCACACUUUAAACUGUGGAAUAAGACAUUUGCCACAAAAAUAAAAUACGGAGUCCUCUACCUACCAGAGCCUUUUUGGUUUGACCGCCAAGUUUUAGUUUAGUCAGUUUAAAAAUUGUUCAUGUUGUUUGGGUGGCAUCAAAAACCAGAAACCACCUUUAAUAGUCAUUGUUUAAGAUACUUGAUUUGAAGUCCUGCCCAAGAUGAGUUCUGGCAAUAUUCUGGCAACUUCUGUCCCAAAUUUAUGUGAAAAUUUGACCUGUAACUAAACAGAAGGUCCAUUCAUAAAGCAUUAUUAUAUCUAGGUUUUAAAAAUUGAAGUUGAAGUUCUUAGCUUUGUUAGCAAUAGUGUUACAGAAUCAAAGAUCUGUAAGCUGGUCCAUAGAUUGAUACGCAUUUAAUCCUGUUACUUGGAGGCUUUUUGGUCUAGUUGUUUGAUCAGGAGCCUGUUUACAAAAAUUCUUUAUACAGAGUACAAGUGCCAGAGGUGAGAGAAUUGAGACUCCUUGCCCUUUCAUACUCUUUUCUUUGACAUUCAGGACACUAAGGCAGAAGGACCACAUGGGUUCUGGUUGGUGAGUGUCCUUGUCAUGAAAACUUGCCUUACAACGUCCUGCUCACUGCCACAAAAGGCUCUACUUUUGGUUACUUUCCUUCUUAGUUAAAAUGCUCUAAAGAUGUGUCACAUAUUAUAAACAUGGAAUGGGAGAUCGGUGAGAUAUCAUGAAAAACAAAUUUUGUCUUUUACAUGGGCCUCUGUCUUGGUUUGAAACAUCCCCAACAUUUCCUACAAAUCAAUGUACUUAAAAAGGGGUCAGCCUUUUUAAAGUAUUUCCUACUUUAAAAUUUAAAUAGUGCCUUUUUGGUGUUGCAAUUCAGUGGAACACUGAAAUACAGCGUCGUGUAAUUUAGAGUUAAGAGUGGCAACAGUUUCAUUUGUGUGAUAAGAUUUGGAAAGUGUUGUCAUCACUACAAUCUUAGAGGAUUGACAGAACGGGACUUUUUGUUUAGGGACAGGAUUUAUUUAGACUUUAAAAGAAGAAAUGGCUGUGUUGUGGGUCCUUUAGUAAUUCAUGAAUAUAAAUUUGCUUUGACAGAUCACUAGCUAUUGCCUCCUCAGCUACAAAAGCAAUAUGAUGUUUGUAUAUGCUGUUCAAUUUAAGUUUUCUGUUCAGUAAUCAUUUCUCAUUCCAAAGACAGAGUGCAGAAAACUUCAGCGCUGCUUGGGAGUCUUAUUUCAACUGCAGAUUAUUUUCCCCAUUGGAAAGCUGACUAUUUUCAUUUUAGAAAAAUGGGUUGUUUGAAGAUGAAGUCUUUUAUCUUUUUCCACAAUUUAUUUUGAUUAUAUGUUCGUACAUUCUUAUUAAAUAUUUCAUAUACUUUAUUUCAACUACUUUGUUAUUUACUACAUUUUAGACAAAUACUGAAAAGGAAAACUUGAUUUCAUUGUUCAUCAAAUUAAAUAAAUUAAGAAAAUAGUGGUUUGUGUAGAAAUUGGAGAGAAUUGUGUUUCAUAUUUGGUUGGAUCACAACAGUACUUCUCUUGUUGUGAAAUGUAAUUAAAUGCUUUGCCCUCUGGAACUUGA